CUUGUCUAUUCCGAUGCCAUCAGAAUCCUUCUUCAGAUCCUCAAUGAGACCAAUCGCAGCGAACCUCACAAACAGAUCAUUGCUCUCACCGUUAAUAUUCUCCUCAAUAUCGCCAAAUACGACAAAACGUGUCAGGAUUUAAACGUAAAGAAAGAUAAGCGCAAAGUGGAGGCAAUCAAACAGAUUAGCGAUUAUUCGAUGAAAGACAAGUCGUUCAAGAAAUACAAACUGAGAACUAAUUACAAGUUUUGUCCGAAUUGGCAAAUCGGCAAAAGAAAUGUCUAUGAAUUCGAUAACAAUUUCAUUGCUAUUCAAGUGAUGGUUCGUCGGCUCAACAUA